CCAGACAGGUAUUUAGGCUGCCAAGAUGCCAGGGCCAAGACCUCGGAAGGGCCCUCAUUCCAGUGGCCAGGGUGUGGCAGCUGCCAAACAGCUGGGGCUCUUUAUGGAGUUCAACCCUGAGGACAUGCUGCUGGGGACGGAGGAGCCUGAGGAUGAUGGGGACCUGGAAGCUGAGCUGCUAGCCCUCACUGGGGAAGCAGGCACCAUAGGCACAAAGCCAGCACCCAAGGGGCAGGGUGAGUCUGUGGCACUGGGCUGGCUUGGUGGUAGGGCCAGGUGGUGGAAGAGGAGAGGUUCCUCUUCUCUCAGCUGGGAAGAGCCAGCCAGAUCACCUGGGCCUUCUGACAUCUGUCCCUUUUGCAGCAUUCCCACCAAGAGCCAUCUUGGCCUGCUCACAUACCCGUGUGACUUUCCUGACUACACCCUGUCUCCACCCCCAUUUCAGACAAUCAGCAACCUGCUUCUCAGACUGACUGAGGUCCCAGUCCUUAGCCCUAGCCAAGGCCUGGUAUGGAGUAAGAUCCUGGUAUGGAGUAAGAGCUCAGCACAGACCAAAUUAGACACAUAAGAAAUGCAUAGACAUUGUGUCUAAUGAAUGAAUAAAUGGAAUUUCCCUCCCCUGAAUAUCUAAAUCUUCCUCUCUUCUUACUGGAAACCCUCCUAGAGGACCACCUCCCAUCCCAUGUGCCCCUUAGUUGAGGACAGUGGUGGGGAUCUGGGAAGGGGUCCACUGGGGGAACCAUGGCUCUCACUUCUCUCAGUCCAAACCUGCUUUGGGGUUAGAUAGCUUGUGUUUGAAUAUUGGGUCUGCCACUCACUGGGAUUACAAUAUUGGGAAAAUUAGUAUUGGUAGUUCUCAGUUUACUCAUAUAUAAAGUAGGAGUAACAUUACCUAUCUUGCAGAAUCAUUGUGAUGCUCAAAUGGACAUUGAAAAUCUUUACAUAUGUGAAAGCCCCACUGCCUAUGGCCCACAUUGAGAAGUUGGCAGCAGACUGUAUGCGGGAUGUGGAGGAGGAAGAGGAGGAAGGGCUGGAGGAAGAUGCAGACUUGCUGACUGAGCUGCAGGAGGUCCUGGGUACAGAUGAGAAGGCUGGACCCCUGGAAGGCAAUGAGACAGCCAGCCUGGGCGGCUCUGAGGAGGAGAAGGGACAAGAAAAUACUGAAUCUACAGUGCAGGCAACUCUCAUGACAGCUUCAGUCCCAGUGGCUCAGGCUGGAGGGUCUCGAGGACUACAGGCUCUGCUGGAGGAUCGAAUCCACAACUACUGGGAGGCUGUGGCUAGUGCCAAGGAGGCAGGUGAAGCAGCCAAAGCCAGACGCUGUGAGCGUGGCCUGAAGACUCUGGAGUCUCAGCUGGCUGCUGUGAGGAAAGGCAGGAAGAUCAGUGAGGAUGAGAUCCCACCUCCAGUGGCCUUGGGCAAGAAGCCCAUGGCCCCCCAGGAAGCAGCUAGCAGGAGCCCUGAGGAAGACUCCCCAGCUCCCCCCACCUUGAAGCCAGACAGUCUCUCCCGGCCUGAGACGAGCCUCUUGGGCAGUCCUGGUAUUUCUGUCCCACAUGAUCCAGACUCCGACCCAUGGGCGCUGCUGUCAGCCCGACAGAGAGAAUACAAGGUGGCUGCCCUGAACGCCAAGCGGGCUGGAGACCUAGACCGUGCCCGAGAGCUCAUGAGGAUUGGGAAGAGAUUUGGAGCCGUCCUGGAGGCCCUGGAGAAGGGGCAGCCUGUGGACCUGAGUGCUAUGCCCCCAGCACCUGAGGACUUGAAGCUCCUCCCACAGGCUUGUAAGGCUCCCACAGCACCCUCAGUCGUACCCCCAGUAGUGGACCAAGUGCAGCCAGUGAUGGCCCCUUCCAGCCCAGCAGCCCCAGUGGCCUCUGCUGAGCCACAGACAGUGCUGGAUGUCCUGCAGCAGAGGCUGACCAGGUACCAGGAGGCAGGCAUCCAGGCCCGGGGCAGUGGUGAUGAGCGCAAGGCCCGGAUGCACGAGCGCAUUGCCAAGCAAUAUCAAGAUGCCAUCCGAGCACACCAAGCAGGGCGGAAAGUUGACUUUGCUGAGUUGCCUGUUCCUCCAGGAUUCCCCCCAAUCCCUGGCCUGGCGCCCCCUGCAGGCACUGAGGAGGAUGUAGUGGCAGCUGCCCGGAAACUGGCCUCCUUGGCGGAUACAGCCCUGGCAGAGAAAGAUGGGGAUGAGGACGAGGAUGAGCCCCCAGCCCGGGCCCCAGUUGCCAAGAAGCCAGCACAGCCGCUGGUCCCUUCAUCCCGGCCCCUGCCUGAGCCCAAGGCCUCAAGUUCUAAGGAGCCACUGAGUUCCUCUGCGCGGGAGCAGCUAGCACUUCUAGAGGCACGGAAACAGCAGUACCAGCGGGCAGCCCUGCAGGCCAAGCGUGCCCAGGACCUGGAGCAGGCCAAGGCCCAUCUGCGGGUGGCCAAAUGCCUUGAGGCUCAGAUCACCCAGGUCCAAGCUGGCCAACCUGUGGACCUCUCCAAGGUACCUUCACCCUUGACGGACGAGGAGGGUGACUUCAUCCUCAUUCACCAUGAGGACCUGAGACUCUCCCAGAAAGCUGAAGAGGUGUAUGCCCAGCUACAAAAAAUGCUUCUUGAGCAACAUGAGAAGUGUCUGCUGUUCUCCAAGCAGUUCAUGCACCAGGGCAAUGUGGCCGAGACUGCCCGGUUUGAGAAGCUUGCUCAGGACCGCAAGCAGCAGCUUGAGAUCCUGCAGCUGGCCCAGGCCCAGGGCCUUGACCCUCCCAGCCACCACUUUGAGUUGAAGACAUUCCAGACUGUGAGGAUCUUCUCAGAACUCAACAGCACAGAAAUGCACCUGAUCAUUGUCCGGGGAAUGAACCUCCCAGCCCCUCCAGGGGUGACCCCUGAUGACUUGGAUGCCUUUGUGCGGUUUGAGUUCCACUACCCUAACUCGGACCAGGCUCAAAAAAGCAAAACAGCUGUGGUGAAGAACACAAACUCUCCAGAAUUUGAACAGCUCUUCAAACUAAACAUCAACCGAAACCAUCGGAGCUUCAGGAGAGUGAUCCAAAGCAAAGGAAUCAAGUUUGAAAUCUUCCACAAAGGAUCCUUCUUCAGAAGUGACAAGCUGGUCGGUACAGCCCACCUGAAACUAGAGCGGCUGGAGAAUGAAUGUGAGAUCAGAGAGAUUGUGGAGGUCCUGGAUGGAAGGAAACCCACUGGGGGCAAACUGGAGAUUAAGGUGAGGCUGCGGGAGCCUCUGAGUGGCCAAGAAAUGCAGAUGGUCACCGAGAACUGGCUGGUCCUGGAGCCCAGGGGCCUCAGAGAUGGUUAAUGUCUGCAGAGGAGUCAGGCCAGUGGCCUUGUGCAGGAGCACACUCUUCCUGCUUUGCUGACUAUAGAAGCCCUUGCACGUAAGGGAGCUGCUGCUACUCAAGCACCAAAGACCUGUUCAGUACGUGCAUUACUGACCACAGCCCUGAUCUUUCCUGUUGCUGGCCCCUCUGUCCAAGCAAGCUGGAUUCCAGGACGGACCCACACCCCCAGUGCCCCCCACCUCCUUGCUCUGGGUGAAAGCCCGGAGAGCCUCAUUCCUCUGUGGUGUGGAGUCUUGCAGCCCCUUAACCCGUGUAUACCAACUGUGUGCAGCUUACCCAGCCCCCAGUUGCAGCAUUUCUGGAUGUGCCUUUAAAAGAUAGACCUGUAGGGAUAGAGAACUUGAUGGUGAUCAGGAAAGCCCCCUGCUGGGGGGGGGGCAGGGUUCUGUGACUCCAGUUGGUCACUGGUGGCCUAUUCCACACAGCUUGGUCUAUCACGCCGUGCCUGUGCAGCUCUGCCCUGGCCUCCCUGCUUCCCAGUGCUCUCAGUGGAAGAGGGACUGUAGUGGGCAGGAAGGGAAAGGCAACUUAUAUCUUGGGUUUGGUUCAUAAAUCUGAGACUAAAAGACUGUUAACUAGAGGAAAAAAUAUAUAUAUAAAUAUAUAUAUAUAUACACACACAUAUAUAAUUUCAUGUAGCUGUUUUUAUUUAACAAACUAGGUCUAAUUCAUUAUAGGAGUUUACACUGUACACACAGAGUAACCACCAGAGUCCUAAACUAAAGCCGUGCUCUCUGUCACCUUUUAAAAGCCAGAGCAGCAGUAAAACAUUUGUUAAUUGUUAACUGACAAACUGCUGCUAUGGCUUCUUUUGAGAGAGGGCCAGGGACACCUUACCUCUUCAGCUGAUCAUCUAGGGAAGUCUUAGUUCUUUCCCAAAAAAUUAUUAUCCUUUGGCUUUGUUUUCUGAAUGGAUGGAAACAAUGGGGGGAUUUAUAAUUUCAAUAGAUUUAAUAUUCAAAACUGCAAUAUUCUACAUUUCUUGGAAAUAAACUUUAACAUCCCAUUUUUUUCCCCUUUGCAUUUGACUUUAAAUUCAACAAAGCAUUCCUCAAGAUCGUUUUUAAAAGGCUGUUAGGGAAGCAGAUACAUUCAGUUUACUAGUCACUAUGGUAUUGCAUAAGCACAGCUCAGGGAUUGAGCUUUUGUGUGUGUGCCUUUUUCCAGGAUAGGGCCGGACCAUGCUUCCCUGCCUUUAGGAGCAGAGCUUUAGUGGGUAACAGAGCAGGAUUGACUUUUUUCCAAGAGCUUUCUGGCCAAUCCUACCUAUCAGGGUGAACUAGCAAAAUUUCCACAGAUUGAGUAAUUGCAGUCACAUCUGUGUGUCAAACAUCUAGAAUGAAAAGGAGUGUUGUUAGCCUUAGCCUUCAUAAGGUAGCCUAGAGCACAGAGGGGUGGCUGGCCCAACCUGUCUCCCUCUCAGGUUUGUACCCAAACCAGUGCUUACUAAGAUGGUUAGGACGGUUGUGGUUAUUCUCGAAGUUCCAACCAGCCCUAGGAAUUUCUAAACUCAAGCCUCUGUUGAAUAUGCCCUAUUUCAGUUUGACAGGAAGUUUUCUGUGGCUCAAAGAUUACCCCUUUGCAGCCUGAUCAUUUCAGUCUGCUUCACUGCUCUUUGCUUUUUUGGAAAACAACCUCCAGGCUGAAGGAGGCAAGACAAAGCUGCCCACUGGACUUGGAGACGGGGGUUCUUAAAAGGCCUUUGUUGGAGCCAAGGCAUGCAGGGGUCACUGGUAGUGGGAGGAGCUUGGCCAGCCACAUCUUGUCUGAAGAUAUUUCUGAAAUGCCACAACCAAACACCAGAGAUUAGUGACUCACACAGCAGGCAGCUGGAAACCAGCCAUGACCCAAGUAAUUUAAAAUUUUUAAAUUCUCCAAUCUGAUGCAAGGCAUGCUUUCUUCUGAAUUAGUGAACUGAAUGUGGAAGAAAUUUAUCUUAGAACCAGGAAGUCUUGCUCACAAUUAAAGGGCAAACUAUUUUUUGACUUUUUAACAUUAUUUUCCUUUCUUACAGCACCAUUCUGAAACUUGCAUUGUUGCUUACAAAUUAUAAGAGCUUGUUUUUCAAAUACUUAUGGGUAGCUACUAAAAGAUCAUGUUCCUUAAGUAAAGAGAGCUCAUUUUAGGAUGAAACUGGUAGGCUGAGACUGGAAGAGCCAGGGAAUUUACACCUGGUUCAGCUACAUCAGAUUCUUCCCUCUCUGGGCUUCAGUUUCCCAAGCCCUAAAAUUGGCAUUAUCAUUCCUGCUCUACUCCUUAGCCCUUCUGGCUACAUAUACAAUCCUUAAAAAUCCCAUUAGUGGUAUUAUUACAAUUAUUAUUUUAGCAUUAUUAUUAAAACAGAAACCACUAUCAAAACUUACAGAAACACAAUGUUUAGCACAUGGCUUGAUGUCUGAAAUGCAUUAAGUCAUAAAUUAUUCCUAGAUGACUAGUUAUGAUAGAAGUUCAGUUGGAAAUUUAGGGUCCACCAGUGUUCAGGAACCAUUGUGGAUGAGGGAAGACACUAGAUAGGAACUUUACACCAGGCAAAUUCCUAUAGUUCUAUAGCCCUCAAGCCCAUUUAGGUGCUCACAAAGCAUUGGUAAAAAUAAAUGGAGAAAGUAUAUUGCUUGGCAUUUGUUAAGGAUUCAAUAAUUUUAAAAAAUUUAAUUUCUACUUCUCUUUAAUUUAUAAGAAUAGUCCUCUUUAUACGAAUCUAUACCUCAAUUCUGUUCCUCUCUGUAAGAAUCUCUAUACCUCAAUUUUUAAAGUUAACAUUCUAGAAAUAGUUAACUGACUUGGAAAUGUGAUGUGUCAGCCCUCCACUUUAUAUAAUUCUUACAAUAUACAGUGUAUAAAAACAAGGGAAAAAAGUAAACUAUAGCCUUAGUUAUUAUAUGCUCAAUUUUACAAAGUGAUUUUACUUAAAGGACAUUUCAUGCAGUUGAGAAUGGACCUGACUGUGCAGGGCCAGAGUUUAUCCUUAGAGGAAGCAUUAAAAGCUUACACUGAUCCAGAAGAAAUCUAUACAUUUGGAAGAUGUAUUUACCCAAGCAAGAAUAAAUAUAUAACCUUUAGAGAACCAGAUCCAAUUCCUGUAGGAGCUCCAAAUUUCUGAGGUGUAUUAACACCAAGCUGGAUGUUACACCCAAAAUGCCUGCCCUGCUAACCAAUUUCCUAUGCCUGUUGGGGUAGGGGUGGGGAGCGGGGAGCGGGAGGCAGUCUCAGUAUUCAGUCCUUAAAAGCUUGUGUUUUGUGGGAUCUACUUUUUUUCCUCAUAGUAGUUCCAAGUACCUCUGAGUCUGUGGGAAAGGUCAUCAAUCACAGUUCUUGCGGCCACCAUCAGCAAAGCCUGUGGAGAGACCAAUGUAGAAUGUGGACCCCUGACGUAGUGAAAGGGGGUAAACCUAGUUAGACACACUUCAAAGACCAGGCCUUUGAGAACGUCUAGUUGCCGUAACAGCCUGUAAUUGCCAAGUGCUAUGCCCAACUCUAGCCACUGGGGGGCAGCCUCUCACUGUCUCGGAGGCGUGCAUUAGCUUCCAGGGAAUUCUUGGAGCUGUGCUUUUUACUGCAGAGGGACUGACUCCCUCCCUGGCCUGGGCUCUCAGAUGGCAGUGACAAGGGACCGAGUUGCCCUCGAGCAGUGUUUUUUCAAACUGUGAGUUGUGAAAUCCAUUUGGUCCAUGACCAGAAUACAUUUUAAAUGAAGGAGAAAAUGAUUGGAAGACAUUACAUGUAUCGUGGGUAAGCCAAAUCUUGGCUGAUUCCAAGGCUGCGGCAGGGUAAGCACAAAAUGAUCCCGGAGCAUCUUGUUAGGCCAGAAAAGGAAGUGUUCAAAAAAAAAUUAUAGGACCUAGGAAGGGGCGCUCUUGGCCAGAGCUGAGACCAUUUAAACAACCAAAAUAAUUAAGAGCUGUUCAAAAUGGAACCCACAAGUCCUAAUUAAAUGAACAAAAAGGAAAGAAGAAAGAAAGGGCUUUUGCUUACAAAUGACCAAGUACAACUGGUAAAGGUGGAGGGAGUGCUGGAAUUGAAAAGUCACUUUGUAGCCAUUGGAGUAAAAGAUAAAUAAGAAACAUCAGUGGAUGCUAAAUCUAAAGGGAAAUUUUGAUAAGAUACUUGCAUCAUCUGAAAGUGUGUCUACAGAUACUGGUUACUCAUUCCAAGGGGGUGUACAGUAGGGAAGGUGGGCACUUUCACCAGCUGAUCAGAAUUUACCAUCGUCAGUGAGGGGCAGGUGACAAGUGACCCCAGCUGUGAUGCCCUAAAGAGGACACAGCAUCACUUAGGUAGAAUUCUGGCCAGGAAUGCAUAACCUGGUUCUAAGAGGAAACACCAAUCAAAUUCAAAAUGAGGUAUUUUGUAUUUAAAAAUGGGGGAACCUAUAUUCAUUCACCCAAAAUAUUGAUGAUAUAAAAGUGAGUCAGGAUAGCCACUUGCCUUGUCUGAGCCUAGGCUGGAAGCUCCUGGAGGGGAAAAAUGUCAUAAUAGGAUAUUGGACAGAUACUAAGUUAAAGUACAUCAAUGUUAAAUAGGAAAAAAAAGUUAACUCUCCUGCAGUUGUGUAAGACAAUGUUCUUAUUUUUAGGAAAUAAGCAUUAAAAUAUCUAGGGGUAAACGGUCAUGAUGUAUGCAGCUUACUCUCAAAUACCUCAGUAUUUAAGGGAGAGAGAAACACUGAUAAAGCAAAUGAGGCAAAA